UCUGGUCACACUGGUUGCGAACGCUUGUUGUUUACGACCGACGUGUGUUGGUAGUGUUGCGAAAGCUUUUUGUUUUGGAGUCAAACGGAAUUCGCUGUACUUUUUGGUUCGAGCUUUUCGUAGCUUUUCGUACGUACUUCAAGAAUCUAUUCCAUCGUGUUAGAUUUUCGGUUUGCGUGCUCUAAAGUUGCCUGCUCUAAAGUUAUCAGUGAUCUCGAUCACGGAUCACUGUAUCGAGAAUGGCAGCAAAGGGAACCAUUCAAACCAACCAAGGUACACAACAUGAGAAUGUUGCUGAUAGCAUUUCUGGUCGUGACGAUGGCGAAGAUUCUUGUCCUCAGUCACCUAUAGAGAUGCCGGAAUUACCUUGGCCAGAACACCAAGAAGAAACCCCGUCAGAAAUGGGUGAUGAGGUCAAAUCAUGCAAUGUCUGUCAUGUUCAAAUUCCAGUGGCAGAUUAUCAAGGUUGCAUUGAUAGGAAAAAGCAAAAGUCUCUGGCAUGGAAGAAAAAAUAUGAACAUGAAAAGAAACUUUCCGAAGAUCUGAAGUUGAAAUAUGACAUACUCAGUCACAAAGCAAAAGAAGACAAAGAUGAACUAAACGAGCUUCAAAAUAAGAUUACUACGCUAAACAAUAAACUUUCUGAGGUCAAUGAACAGCUCAAAACAAUGAAGAAGGAGGCCAAGGCCUCAGAAAGGGAGAAAGAAUCAUUGAAAAAUAAAAUAUACGAGUUUGAAACAUUGGAACUAAAACUAACUCAAGAGAAACAAAAAGACAAAAGAACGAUAAGAGAACUGGAGGAAAAUGUUGAUUCGCUCAAACAAACCAUAACUGGACUUGAGCAAAUGCAACAAGAAGGCCAUGAACAAGAAGAGUUUGCAAUUAUACGACAAAAGAUUGAGAAGUCAGAAGCGGUACUACGGGAAGAAUUAAACAAGGCGAUGCAAGAUUUAGAAUCUACUAAAAGAGAAAAUCAGAAUCUACAGAAUGUCAAUGAAGACAAGGAUUUGAAAAUAAUUCAGUUAGAAAGAGAGCUCCAGGAGAAGGUGGCUGAUCUUGAUGCGAUCAAAAAUGAGUGUCAGCAGCUGAAGGAUGAAAAACUUGAACAAAAAAAUAGAGCAGAUGAAUUUGAGGCGUCUAAUGAUGUCCUUCAACAGCGUGUGGGACAAUUUCAGAAAAAACUCCAGCAUUUCCAGAACCACGAACAAGAAUUAUGCCAGGCUCGACAAAAAGUGGCUGAUCUUGGUCAUAUCAUAGUUCUGUAUCAGGGGAAGGUCCUUGAAGUAGAGCAACUCCGACGAAGAAUUCGAAAUCUGGAAGAGGACAGCCGAAGCGACCGAGCUUUACGACAUGAACUUCUACAGAUCAUUAAUGGUCUGCGAAACAUGGGGCAGCCUAUUGUACCUGCAGCAGCACCUGUAGCCCCCGAUAACUCGCCAAUUUUUCCUGAACCAAUGGUUCCGUUUCCAUAAGAAGACUGAAGCAAAUUAAGUCUUGGAUAUCUUCAGCCUGUUUUUUCCAGUAACUUCUCAAUACCACCAAUUCAAAUUUUUCGUUGUAUAAGUAUAGUUUUAUCUUUUUUUGCCAUAAAUAAUUUUAUUUGGAAUA